UUAACACAACGCGACGUAGCGGUUAACAACGUUCGUCGCCACCGCCAUGUCUUUAAUACGCACCGCUACUGCACCACUACGACCCCGCCUCUUCGCGCUGAGCCUCGGGCUGCGGGGCUUCGCGAGCACGUCAAGAGCGCAACAAGCCCCAGCCGCAGCUCCCGCCUCUGUCGCUGCCGCCAAACCAUGCUGCUCUAAAACCAAGGCAGCAGCAGCAGCACCCACACCAACACCCCUCUCACCCCUCACGGCCUCCUUCUGGUCCUCCCGCCCGACGUGGUCCCGCGCCGCAGUCAACACGUUCCGCUGUCUCAUCGGCUGCUCGCUCGGCGACCUCAGCACGAUGUGGUACCUGAUGGCAUAUUACCCCGACAUGCCGAUGAGCACGUCCAUGGGGCUGUCUAUGGCGGCGGGUAUCACAACGUCGAUCCUGCUCGAGACCACGCUGCUCCACAUCGGCAAGGACAAGCUCUCCUGGCCUGCGGCCGCGAAGACUGCCUUCGGCAUGAGCUUCAUCUCGAUGCUCGCGAUGGAGAGCGCCGAGAACGCCGUCACCCUCGCGCUUGCCGACGUGAACAUGACCGGCGCUGCGUUCGCUGGCGUCACGGCCGCCGGGAUGCUUGCAGGCUUCCUCACCCCCAUGCCGUACAACUACUGGCGGCUGCGGGCGCUCGGCAAGGCGUGUCACUAGGUGUCCAUAUGUACAAACAAUGCAUUAUCAUUACUCGGCG